UGAGUCUUAUUUUGUAUCUUGGUAUUUUAUAGUCUUUGGUAUUUAAUAAUCUGGCCAAAGUGUUUCUCCGACGAUAAAAUAAAAGAAUGGUGGUCAUAAAAAACAAACACAAGAUCCCGGUGCCUGAGCAUCUCAACGAACAGUUUUUCACGGAUACCCUCGAGGAGGGUCUGAGGGAGUCGAAAGUAACGCUGAAGGAGAUAAACUUGGACUGGGGCAGUAAUCCGGGGGACAACUACUGCUCGGCGAUCUAUCGGGUGGAACUCACAUUCACAAAGUGGAUCGAUGGCGAGGAAAGCGCAGAAGCGGAACAUCUCUCGCUGAUCGUAAAGGUCAUUCCGAUCAGUAAAGCUACCCAACUUUUGCAGGAUGCAGGUGUGUUUAUCAAGGAAAAGCAGACUUACACCGAUGUCUUGACCCGUUUGGAAAUCCUAAGCAAUGGAGAUGCAUUUGGACCAAGAUACUAUCACUCCAUUAAGACACCGGUCCAGACGAUCGUCUUUAGCGACCUCAAAGCGCAAGGAUACAAGGUGGCCUCAAGGGAAUCGGGCCUCGACUGGAACCACGCCUCUCUAAUCCUUCAGCAGUUGGGGAAGUUCCAUGCCACAUCCAUGGUGCUGGCCAAGAAGGAUCCUAGCAUUGUAAAGCAUUACACCCGUGGCAUGCUCAGCGAGUACAUUGUGAUGAAGAACGACAGCACUGAAAAAAUUUUUGGUGGCUUCCUCAAGGGCCUCAUCAAAUGCUCAUCGGCUUGGCCCGGUUUCGAAAAUAUAAACCAUCACCUACAGCGUUUUAUGGACAACUUCCGAUCCGUAUGUGUGGCUGCAGCCAAACCGAAAAAGGGUGAUCGAUACUUGGUGCUCAACCAUGGUGACUUGUGGACCAAUAACUUUAUGUAUGCCUAUGAGAACGCCUCGUACCCUGAGGUUCCCACAAGUGCCCUUUUCUUGGACUUUCAGUUAUCCUUUUUCGGUAGUCCGGCAUGCGAUCUGAAUUUCUUUCUUAACACCAGUCUUAAGCUGGAGUUGCUUCAGGAGCGCCGCCAGGAUCUGUUAAGAUUGUACUACGUGGCCUUUAGGGAUACGCUAGAGUACUCCAAUUUCGAGGAUAUUCCCAGCUAUGAGGACCUGCAGUACGAACUGCGAAGCCGAGAGACCUACGGUCUUUUCGGCUUGUUCGGUUUUCUGCCCAUGAUCACCAUGCCCCUGGAAUUGGCCCAAAACAACAGCCUAGAGAAAAUGCAGGACGAUGCUUUUAAGCAGCGCCAGAUGGAUGCUAUUUUUUCGCAAAAGUUUUUAAACGACUACCAGAAGUGGGCUUUAAAACGAGCAGAUUCUAUUGGCGUAUUUAAUGAUUAUUGAAAAGACAUGU